AUGACUUACAACAACGGUGGAUACGACAAUGGCAGCUACGGAAAUGGUGGCGGCUAUAACAAUGGUGGAUUCAAUGGCGGAUUCAGAGGCGGAAGAGGCGGAGGAAACUACGACUCUUACGACUCCUUUGGAAGUAACCUGAAGGUUCAGGAAUGGGACUUGGACAAGAUGCCAAAGUUUGAGAAGAACUUCUACAACGAGCACCCAGAUGUCACUGCUAGAACCCAAGAAGAUGUUGAAGCUUUCAGAAAGGAGCACGACAUGAACUGUUACGGAAAGGAUAUUCCUAAGCCAAUUACAUCUUUUGACGAGGCUGGUUUCCCAGAUUACGUUUUAACAGCCGUCAAGGCUCAGGGUUUCCCUUCUCCAACUGCAAUUCAAUGUCAAGGGUGGCCUAUGGCUCUUGGUGGUAAAGAUAUGGUCGGUAUCGCUGCUACUGGUUCUGGUAAGACUUUGUCUUACUGUUUACCAGCUAUUGUGCAUAUCAAUGCUCAGCCUUUGCUGAAACCUGGUGAUGGCCCUGUUGCUUUAGUUUUGGCUCCUACCAGAGAAUUGGCUGUUCAGAUUCAAAAGGAAUGUUCCAAGUUUGGCUCUUCCUCCAGAAUCAGAAACACUUGUGUCUAUGGUGGUGUUCCAAAGGGCCAACAAAUCAGAGAUUUGGCUAGAGGUGCAGAGAUCGUCAUUGCUACCCCGGGCAGAUUGAUUGAUAUGUUGGAGACUGGGAAGACCAACCUGAGAAGAGUUACUUACUUAGUUUUAGAUGAGGCUGACAGAAUGUUGGACAUGGGUUUCGAACCACAAAUCAGAAAGAUUGUUGAUCAAAUUAGACCAGACAGACAAACUUUAAUGUGGUCCGCUACCUGGCCCAAGUCUGUUCAAGCCUUGGCAAGGGACUACUUACACGACUACAUUCAAGUUAAUGUCGGUUCCUUGGAGCUGGCUGCUUCUCACAACAUUAAACAGGUUAUCGAAGUUUUGAGCGAGUACGAAAAGCGUGACAGACUAACCAAAUAUUUAGAACAAGCUAGUGAAGACAAAACUUCCAAGAUUUUGGUCUUUGCUUCCACAAAGAGAACAUGUGAUGAACUAACUACUUAUCUUAGAAGUGACGGAUGGCCCGCAUUGGCCAUCCACGGUGACAAAGAACAACGUGAGCGUGACUGGGUUUUGCAAGAGUUUAGAUCCGGUAAAUCCCCAAUCAUGGUAGCUACCGAUGUGGCAGCUAGAGGUAUUGAUGUCAAGGGUAUCAACUUUGUUGUCAACUAUGACAUGCCAGGUAACAUUGAAGACUACGUUCAUCGUAUUGGUAGAACCGGUAGAGCUGGUGCCACUGGUACUGCUGUUUCUUUCUUCACCAACGCAAACGCCAGAAUGGCUGACGAUUUAGUUCCCAUCCUUAAGGAGGCCAACCAAAUCAUUCCAGAAGACUUACAAGCUAUGUGCCGUAGAAGAGGUGGAUUCGGUGGAGGAAGAGGCGGCCGUGGUGGUCGUGGUGGACGCGGUGGCCGUGGUGGCCGUGGUGGUUACGGUGGUAACCGUGGAUUCGGAGGUGGUAAUGGUGGAUACAGAUCCAGCGGUGCCAACAACGCUCCUCUUCCAAACAGAAAAUUCUAG